AUGAACAGCAAAAACUGCUGUGUCUUUCGUGACGAGUUUAUUCCUCGGGUGUUGCCGCCUGUGCUGGGCCUGGAGUUCGUGUUCGGAGCCCUUGGCAAUGGCCUGGCCCUGUGGGCUUUUUGCUUUUCCCUCAAGUCCUGGAAAUCCAGCCGGAUCUUCCUUUUCAACCUGGCCGUGGCUGACUUCCUUCUGAUCUUCUGUCUUCCCUUCCUGACAGACAACUAUGUCCGAAAAUGGGACUGGAAGUUUGGUGACAUCCCUUGUCGGGUGAUGCUCUUCAUGUUGGCCAUGAACAGGCAGGGCAGCAUCAUCUUCCUCACAGUGGUGGCCGUGGACCGAUACUUCAGAGUGGUUCAUCCCCAUCAUGCUCUGAACAAGAUAUCCAACAGGACAGCGGCCAUCAUCAGUUGCCUCCUGUGGGGUGUCACCAUUGCCCUUACCGGCCACCUCCUCAUCACUUCCCAUGUGAAAAAGAUGGGAGACUCGCGGUUCUGCAGCAGCUUCGCCAUCUGCCCAACCUUUCGCUGGCACGAUGCCAUGUUCCUACUGGAGUUCUUCCUGCCCCUCGGCAUCAUCAUAUUCUGCUCCACCAGCAUCAUCUGGAGCCUUCGGAGGAGGCAGCUGGACAAGCAGGCUAAGAUCAAGCGGGCCAUCCGAUUCAUCCUGGUGGUCGCCAUCGUCUUUGUGAUCUGCUUUUUGCCCAGCGUGGCUGUGCGGAUCCGGAUCUUCUGGCUCCUCUACUCGCAGGGCACCAGUCGCUGUGAGAUCUACCGCUCAGCAGACCUGGCCUUUUACAUAACCCUCAGCUUCACCUACAUGAAUAGCAUGCUGGACCCCCUCGUAUACUACUUCUCCAGCCCGUCUUUCCCCAACUUCUUCUCCAAGCUGAUCACUUGCCGUCUUAGGCAAAAGUCAACAGGAGAGUCUGACAACAACCGGAGCACCAGCGGAGACCCCACGGGGGACGUGUGCCUGACCAAUUCCAGUUGUGCAAACGCCAUCACCCGACAGAAUUUGCCAGAUGCAUUAAUGGCCAACUCCAGUGCGGCAUGGAACUCUACGAGGAUAGAGCCAGCAUCUCCUUAAGCCAUCCGGGUGUUGGCAGAGAAGAAAGAAUGAGGCUACUAGAUUCGAGAUCUCUGGAAAUGGGGUCUUGCUGUUCUAUGGACCAAUACCAAUGGACUGGCCCAUAGACACCUGUUGUCUUUGGUGCAGAUCACUCGAAUGGAAUAAAAGGAAUGGGGCCGGGUCUUUCCAUUCGGAUCUGCUGCCACAAAUCCUUUAGGGAAAAGGAUGGAAGCAAUGCUACUCUUCUGGAAUGCUCGGCUCAAUUUAUGGAUCUCAAAACACCACUGUCUAGCUUGCAAACCUAACCACAGUGGAAUUGAGGCCAGAAGAAGCCAUAAAUUUUUGCCGGCUCUCUCCUACCCGAAAUUUGUUCCUCUUCUCUUUCCGCAUGGGGAAGGAGUAGUGGGGGGGAAGGAAGCGUCCUGCAUUUCAGGAGCAAUGUCCAAAGAGACCGUGUUCUCCUGGGUACAAGCAGAUCCGAGUGACGGGCAGGGGGGGCUCUGUCGUCCCAGAGGCAGGUCAGGCCUCCCAAAACCUGGAUUUAAGGUGGGCCAGGUUCAUCUGGGAUCAAAGAGACUCCCUAAUUUCCUUGAGUAACAUCUGUGUUUUCCAGUGGGGGAAGGAAGAGAAUGAACACAAGGAAAUGUAGAUCCCAUUAGAAGGUGGGGAAUUGAACAGUGAUACUAAAUGGCAUUUUCAGUACUGCUAAUGGGUUACUAAUCCAUUCCCGGCUUGUUUACACUUGAGGGUUGAGUAGUUGAAGAAAAAAAAAAAACCCUCUCUGGACUCAGAAGAAAACUGCCUCUUGUUUGCUUUUGUCUUUAAAAGGGAAAAUAGUACUACCUGGGGUUUGAUGGGAGGUGGUUUUUGUGGCGUAUGUGUGUGCUCUUUGCCACUUCUGUUGUACAAGAGUUGCCAUGAUUUCAUGACUCUAAUAAACUUAAAAAG